GUAAGUUAUAUAUUGAUCAAGUAAAAUGGAAGAUCUUUUAGUGACAAACAACAGUAAUAUCGAAAAUGGCGGUUACCCGAUGAGACAGAUCAUUAGUGACCAACUGGCUCAGGACUUAUUCUUCAUCAACUACGCCAGUCUGGGGCAGGCCAUCAACAUUUUCGGUAUCCUAACCAACAUUUUGAACAUUCUGAUAUUCAUCCGCCUCGGGUUCAAGGACACGGUCAACAUAAGCCUCUUUGGCCUGACGGUGUCCGACCUUUGCUCUCUGGUGACCUUAUUCUUCUUCAACAUCUGCCAGACCCCGGCGUUCUACAACCUUGAGCUUUCAUUCGAGCCGUACGACCUCUCCUUCAUAACCGUUGGCUGGGCGCACGUGGGCUUCACGCGCGUCACCUGCUGUCUGACCGCCUUCAUCACCCUCGAGAGAUGCCUCUGCAUCGCCUUGCCGCUCAAGGUGAAGACCAUCCUGGACCCCCGGCGCACCCGCCUCAUCGUUGUCGCCACGUUCCCAAUAGCGUACGCCAGCGUGUUUCCGAUCUACUGCACGGCGAGUCUCACCGAGCAGUUCUCACUCCACCGCAACAGAACCCUGAUCGUCAUGACGUACAAUGACCUCCGAGACGUCAUGGAGUCGGUAUCUUCGGUGGUGAACAACAUCAUCCCUGUGUCAUCCUUCAUCAUCAUCGUCGUCUGCACCACCAUCAUCGUGGUCCAGCUGAACCUGAAGUCAAAGUGGAGGAGGUCGGCAGCCGCCUACCCCACGGGGACGGCGAACCCGACGACUUCGGGAAAGGAUAAAAAGGUGGAGAAGAUGGUGCUGUUCAUCUCGGUCAUCUUCAUCGUCUGCUACCUGCCGUGUGAGAUUUUGUUCGUGUGGAUGCUGUUUGAUCUCGAGCUCCGCUACGACGGUGACCAGAGCAACCUCUUCAAGGUGUCCGUGUCCAUUCUUUACUUCGCGGAGACCCUCAACGCCUCCGCCAAUAUUUUUGUGUACUACAGCAUGAGCAGCAGGUACAAGCAGGAGUUACAGAAAGUACUCACGCUGAAACGAGAGUCUAAAGCAACCAUUUGGAAGGGGGGAAAAUUGAGUUGUUGAACGUGAAUAAAGUUUUAAUUCCAGCCAGAGGUUUGAGUUACCCAACGUGUUAAGACAACAUAUUUUAAAUCACCACAAAGGUAUAACUACCUUUUAAAAGGUUUAACCAAAAUGUUUAUAGUCAUCUCAAAAGUCUGAUUAAAAAGUGCUUUAACUCUGGAAUAAACGGACAAAACAACCCACAAUAUCAAUCAACUUUUUAGUUAGUAAUUCCGG